UUUUCCAGGUGUAACAUUGUACUGCAAGUCAAUCGCUAACAGUACUAAUUUAAGUCACUUCGGCUGUAAUGCGGAAGUAUGAAAAAUUAGCUAAAAUUGGAGAAGGCUCUUAUGGGGUUGUAUUCAAAUGCAGAAACAAAACCUCUGGACAAGUAGUAGCUAUUAAAAAAUUUGUGGACUCUGAAGAUGAUCCUGUUGUUAAGAAAAUAGCACUGAGAGAAAUACAUAUGUUGAAGCAAUUAAAACAUCCAAAUAUUGUGAAUCUCAUCGAGGUGUUCCAGAGAAGAAGGAAAACGCAUUUAGUUUUUGAAUACUGUGAUCAUACACUUUUAAAUGAGCUGGAAAGAAACCCAAAUGGAGUUGCUGAUGGAGUGAUCAAAAGUGUAUUAUGGCAAACACUUCAAGCUCUUAAUUUCUGUCAUAUACAUAACUGCAUUCACAGAGAUAUAAAACCUGAAAAUAUUCUAAUAACUAAGCAAGGAAUAAUCAAGAUUUGUGACUUUGGGUUUGCACGAAUUCUGAGUUGGACUUCAUCUUUUUCUGUUGCCUCCUUGAUUGGCUUAAUAGUUCGCUUUCUGAAUUCUUUUUCUGUCAAAUCAGAGAUUAUAUCUUGGCUUGGAUCCAUUGCUGUUCCAGGAGAUGCCUACACCGAUUAUGUAGCUACGAGAUGGUACCGAGCUCCUGAACUUCUGGUGGGAGAUACUCAGUAUGGUUCUUCAGUAGAUAUAUGGGCUGUUGGUUGCGUUUUUGCAGAGCUCCUGACAGGCCAGCCACUGUGGCCUGGAAAAUCAGAUUUGGACCAACUUUAUCUGAUAAUCAGAACACUAGGAAAAUUAAUCCCAAGACAUCAAUCAAUCUUUAAAAGUAACCGGUUUUUCCACAGCAUCAGUAUACCUGAACCAGAAGAUAUGGAAACUCUUGAGGAAAAGUUCUCAGAUGCUCAUCCUGUAGCUCUGAACUUCAUGAAGGGGUGUCUGAAGAUGAAUCCAGAUGACAGAUUAACCUGUUCCCAACUGCUGGAGAGCUCCUACUUUGAUUCUUUUCACGAGGACCAAAUUAAAAGAAAAGCGCGUAACGAAGGAAGAGACAGCAGACGCCAGCAGGUACUUCCACUCAAAAGUUAAAGUGCUAUAAAAAGAAUUUAUUUUUUGUUUUUGUUUGUCUGCCUUUCAAAGUGAGACAAGGUGGACACCAAGACCUUUCGUUUGUACUGGUGUAGUUGUAUUUGUCUAGCUUAAUAAAUAUUGGUAAUUGAUGUAAUAAAACCAUAGAACUAUGAAAAUAUCAAGAUUAUUAUUACAAAAUCUUAUUCCAAACACACUUGAAUCAAAUUGUUACACAACUGUUUGGCUGCUCUGAUUGGAUAUACCACCCACAAGAUCGUAUACCCAUAACAGAACAACUUUGUACAAUAAAACGCUGAUUCCAACAGGACUGAGUUUUGCCAGCAUUGCAAAGGAAUCCAAGUGCCUUUCUGUAGCCUCCAGAUGUGCAAUAAAGGUAACUUGACUCUUCCAUCUUUUCACCCAUGGCAGGCACCUAAGUCUGCCUUUCCUAGGCUUUUUCUCAAAACCAAGAUCUGCCAGCUACAAAGGAAUGAAACCCAGACAUCUGGGAAACAAAUUCUAUCCAAUGGGCCAGUAUUGCAGAACAGUACGGUGACUCUUAUGACAAAUAUUAAUUCUGCAGUUUAUCAGGUGACUAUCCUUCACUUGCUUUCAGAAAACUUUGAAGUUAAACCAUAA